CAACAUGCACCAUCCUCGUCUAUCAUGGACGCCCCCGCCAUCUGUACGAUCUGGAUCCUCCGCCUCUCCCUCCGUUGCACUCCCACCUCAAUCCUUUUCACCAAACCUAAUGCAGCCGUUUCUGGGUUUUGUUUAAUCCUCUAACAGGACAACUCAUCAAUCUCUUCUCUUUAUAAUAUAUUCACAAAUCCAGUUUUCAAAAAUUUUUCCUUUUUGAAUUCUUUAGAGUCUAUAUAGAUCGGAUAACCACCAUUUUCACAUGGAAAAACUCAAAAAAUCCUCUAAGUCUCUCCAAUCCAGCCCCCCGAAAGAAGAACAGCUCUAAAAUCUCCUUCUUCGCCAAAAGCCCAUCACUGUAGAUAACAGUAACGCUAGUACGUACUAACUUCGCUUCCACCGUCACCGCCAUGAAUUCAUCGUCCUCUAUCUCCUCCUCUCCUUCACUACCCAAAGAAGUUAUCGUCAAAAUCAACGGCCAGGAUUCCUUCAAGGAACCAACUAAACCUAGCGAUAAUACUAGCACUACUACUAAUGCCGGUGGAAUGUGGAAGGAUGCAAGUUACGAUUUCUCAAACGACGUCGUUAUGAGAGCUGCCGCGAACAACCAGGAUUUCGAUUUCAUAACCGAGUCUCCCUUAUCUCGCAUAGCGGAGAGUCCGAGUACCAACAACGGCCAGAUGACGCCGAGGGAGGUCCGCGUUCCGUUUCAUAACAACACGGUGGAGACGGCAGCGGGUCGGGUCUCAAACCGCAGGUCCAACGCCGAACAGGAAGAGGUUCUAGUCUGCAGCUCCAACUCAUCUUUCCGGAGAAAAUCCAGUUUGCUUAGAACCAUAACCAAGUCCCGAUUACUUGACCCGCCGGAGAACAAUCAGAAAUCCCAGAAUCUGAGAAACACAAAAUCUCAGUUUUUUGGUAAAAUAACUGAAAUAGAUGAAGACGACCCGUUUCUAGAUGAAGAUUUGCCAGAUGAUUACAAGAAAAUGAAGUUCAGUGCACUUUCGAUUCUUCAACUGGUGAGCUUGAUUCUGAUUAUCGCGGCUUUAGUUUGUAGUUCAACUAUUAAUCUGUUGAAGAAUAAGGAAAUUUUCGAAUUGCAAUUGUGGAAAUGGGAAUUGAUGGUUUUGGUUUUGAUUUCUGGAAGAUUGGUAUCAGGGUGGGGGAUUAGAAUUGUUGUGUUUUUCUUUGAGAGGAAUAUUUUGCUGCGAAUAUUGUAUUUUGUUUACGGGCUGAGAAAUGCAGUGCAGAACUGUAUAUGGUUGGCUCUGGUUUUGAUUGCUUGGCAAUGCAUUUUCGAUAAGAAGGUUGAGAGACUUACGAAGAGGAAUGUUUUGCCUUAUGUGACUAAGAUUUGGGUGUGUCUCUUGGUUGGGACAUUGAUUUGGUUGUUAAAGACCUUACUGGUGAAGGUUUUAGCAUACUCAUUUCAUGUCAGCACAUUUUUUUAUCGGAUUCAGGAAUCAUUGUUUAAUCAGUAUGUCAUUGAGACACUUUCUGCUCCACCAUUGAUCGAGAUUCAGCAUGAGCAACAAGAGGAGGAGAAGUUGAUAGCUGAGGUUCAAAAGAUUCAGAGUGCUGGGGUGAAUAUUCCCGCUGACCUUAAGGCAAAUGUGUUUCCCAAAAGUGCGAAAGUGCUAGGGGCACCUGGGAAGAGUCCCAUGGCUACUGGUGCAAAGAGUCCUUUGUUUUCUCGGAUCACGUCAAAGAAGGAAGAUGAGGCUGGUAUAACAAUUGAUCAUUUGCAUAGGCUGAAUCAGAAGAAUAUUUCAGCUUGGAAUAUGAAGAGGCUGACUAAUAUUGUUCGGAAAGGUGUAUUAUCGACUCUGGACGAGCAAAUACAGGGCUCAACCGAUGAAGUUGAGUCAGCCGUGCAGAUCACUAGUGAAAAACAGGCUAAAGUUGCAGCCAAGAAGAUCUUAAACAACGUGGCGAAGACUGGAUCAAAAUUCAUUUACCUGGAGGAUUUGAUGCGCUUUAUGAGAGAGGAUGAGGCUUUGAAGACCAUGCGCCUCAUUGAAGGAGCAAACGAAAACGAAGGGAUAAGCAAACGAGCUCUUAAAAAUUGGGUGGUCAAUGCAUUUAGAGAGAGGCGAGCCCUAGCUUUGUCUUUGAAUGACACGAAAACUGCUGUCAACAAACUGCACCAAAUACUAAAUGCCCUAGUGGGAGUGAUAUUAGUGGUCAUCUGGCUCCUUAUACUCAAAGUUACAACUAUGCAUUUCUUUAUCUUCUUAAGUUCUCAGCUUCUUUUGAUUGUGUUCGUGUUUGGGAACACAUGCAAGACAAUGUUUGAGGCCAUUAUCUUCUUAUUUGUGAUGCAUCCGUUUGAUGUGGGUGAUCGUGUUGAAAUUGAUGAAGUUCAGAUGGUAGUCGAAGAGAUGAACAUAUUGACAACAGUUUUUCUGAGGUUUGAUAACCAGAAGAUUUUUUAUCCAAACAGUGUCUUAUCCACAAAGUUCAUCGGUAAUUAUUAUCGCAGUCCAGAUAUGGGUGAUGAAAUUGAUUUUGUUAUCCACAUUUCAACUCCGGGGGAAAAGAUUGCAAUGAUGAAGGAGAGAAUAACAAGAUAUGUUGACAAUAGGAGUGAUCACUGGUAUCCGGCUCCAUUGAUAGUCAUAAGAGACAUGGAGGACAUGAACAGGCUAAAAUGGACGAUUUGGCCUUUUCACACGAUAAAUCAUCAGGAUAUGGGUGAGAGGUGGUCAAGGAGAGCCCUUUUUGUAGAGGAGAUGGUUAAAAUUUUCCGUGAGCUUGAUAUUGAAUACCGUUUGCUGCCUCAAGAUGUGAAUGUACAUAGCAUGCCACCUUCGACAUCGACCAGGCUUCCAUCUACUUGGACCACAUGCGCUCCUUGAUCUUGUAUGAACAUAAUGGUGGAUUCUCGCUGUUGAGCUUUGGCCCUUACUCGGGUCCUGUGGAGUGGGGGAUGAACAAAUUGGAACGUGUAAAACUCCAUGGGUUUGCAUAUGCAUAGCUGUACUUCUCUUAUUUCAAGUUGAAUAAUACUACUACAUGAAGAGUUACAUAAUGAUUUAUAUAUAGAUGAUGUAUUAAAAAAAGUGAGAAAAAAGAGUUUUUUCUUAUUUGGUUGAAUUCUAGUCCAAUCGUAUCUCACAUCAUGUGUAUAUAAAUUAUUAUGUACACAAUUAUGUACAUGUAGCACAAUCGUUUCUAGUUUAUACAAUUCUAGUCUAUGCUAUAUUAGAACACAAUGUGCAAUAUGAACAAAUAUAUUAUCG